UUUCUCUUUUGUGUAAUAGAGCCUUGACAGUAAGUGGUUAGAUGAUGGAAGAAAUUAAAGUGGAAGGCUUAAGUGCUCUGCCUUUAUUAAACUCUCCAACCAUUGCUGUAGCUAUCAAUGGUAAGAAAAAGAGCAAAUAUGUAGUCAAGUGGGCUUUGGACAAAUUUGUUCCUGAAGGAAAGGUUUGCUUCAAGCUGUUACAUGUCCGUCCACGCAUAACUGGUGUGCCAACCCCCAUGGGAAGCUUUAUACCUAUUUCACAAGUGCGGGAGGAUGUAGUGGCUGCUUUCCGAAAGGAUGUGGAGUGGCAAACAAGUGAAAAUCUGCUUCCUUACAAGAUGUUAUGUACUAAUCGAAAGGUCCAAGUAGAAGUUUUACAACUUGAAUCAGAUGAUAUCGUGAACGCAAUAGCACAGGAGAUCACCAAGCUUAAUAGCAUCAAGCUUGUGAUAGGUGCUUCAUCUCGUAGCAUAUUUUCUAGGGGACAAAGCUUAUCCUCAAGAAUCUCGGGCAGUACUCCAAGCUUUUGUACCAUCUAUGCUGUUUCAAAAGGAAAAUUGUUAUCUGUACGUCCUUCUGAUUCAGAGAUAAAUGGAAGCAGUUCAGCUGGAGAUAGUUACACAAGUUGCUCAAUCACCAGUUCAACAGUUCACACUUCAAGUUCACUAACAGAAAGGUCAGAACCAGACUCAAGUUCUUCAUACAGUCACUUCCGUUCUCCUUCACUGCCAAUGCAAAGAUUUCGAGCUCUUUCACAUAUUAAUCAGAACUUUCCUCAUAGAAGAGCAUGUUCAAAUGUAUCAGCCCACCAUAAUAGCUUAUCUCUUGAUUUUGGUGAUGGCGAGGAUGAUGUCAGGUCUUGUCCCCAAGGAACAUAUCUUACUGAUGGAGAUGACCUUACUUCUACUUUUAGGAGCUUGGUAACAGACAACUACACUAUAGCAGAUGAUCAAGCUUCAAUUUCAGGGGCUCUGACAGAUUCAUCGUCGAGAUAUGAGACGGACAUCAAUUUUGAGCUAGAGAAGCUAAGAACUGAAUUAAGACAUACUCGAGGAAUGUAUGCAGUUGCACAAACUGAAGUAAUUGACGCUUCUAGGAAGAUAAAUGAGCUGCACAAGCGCCGGUUGGAGGAAGAUGUUAAACUUCGGGAAAUUUGUUUGAAGGAAGAGGAAGUAAAAGCGUUGGCACUAAAAGAGAAUGAGAAGUACGAAGCUGCAAAAAGGGAAGCUGAUUAUGUGAAGGAGUGUGCUGAAAGAGAGGCAGCACAAAGAAAAGAAGCAGAACUACUAGCCUUACGUGAGGCAAAAGAAAAAGACAAGCUUGAGAAUGCCUUGACAGGCAAGGCACAUCAGUACCAAGAAUUCACCUGGGAAGAAAUCGUAUCUUCCACCUCUUCUUUCGAUGAAAAUCUUAAAAUUGGUAUGGGGGGAUAUGGAACUGUUUAUAAGUGCAGCUUGCAUCAUACUACAGUGGCUGUCAAAGUUCUUCACUCUGAGGGAUCUCAUCUUACGAAGCAGUAUCAGCAAGAGCUGGAAAUAUUGAGCAAAAUUAGUCAUCCACAUUUGCUAAUCCUUCUUGGUGUGUGCCCCGAUCGUGGUUGCUUAGUGUAUGAGUUCAUGGAGAAUGGUAGCUUGGAGGAGAGACUUUUCAGGAAACAUGAUACACCUCCAAUUCCAUGGUUUGAUAGAUAUCGAAUUGCAUGGGAAGUGGCUUCUGCCCUUGCCUUCCUUCACAACUCCAAGUCAAAUCCGGUUAUUCAUCGUGAUCUAAAGCCUGCAAACAUAUUGCUUGAUCGUAAUUUUGUCAGUAAAAUUGGUGAUGUUGGCCUCUCAACCAUGAUAAAUUCGGACGCUGCCUUAUCCACCAUUUACAAAGAUACAGGUCCUGUGGGAACACUUUGCUACAUAGACCCUGAGUACCAAAGGACUGGAUUGAUCUCUCCAACAUCUGACAUUUAUGCGUUUGGGAUGGUUCUCUUGCAGUUGCUAACAGCAAAAGCAGCAAUGGGACUUCCUCACAUUGUUGAAACAGCAAUCGAUAAGGAUAAUCUAACUAAGGUACUAGAUCCAGAUGCUGGUAAAUGGCCAUUAGAAGAGACAAAGAAACUAGCUAUGCUAGCACUUAAAUGCACAGAGCUUUGUCGAAGAGACAGACCGGAUUUGAAAGAUGAAAUUCUCCCUGCAUUGGAGAAAUUAAAAGAAUUUGCUGAUAAGACUCGAGAUUCUGCCUCGACUACCAAAUCUCCUCCUCCUAACUACUAUUUGUGUCCUUUACUCAAGGAUAUAAUGAAGGACCCUUGUGUGGCAGCUGAUGGGUAUACUUAUGACAGGAACGCAAUAGAAACAUGGCUAAAAGAGAAGGAUAUAUCACCAAUGACAAGCCUACCAUUAGCUCAUAAGAACCUUCUACCAAAUUACGCACUGCUUUCUGCGAUUCUGGACUGGAAAUCAAGAUAGGCUGGAAAACAUUUAGAUUGUUUGGAUAGAUAUUUUUUUAGACUUAUAGUCUAGUUGAACAUAGCAUACCACCUUAACACAAUGAACCAGCUGAUAGAUUUGAAUGUUUCUCUGUAAUUGUGAGAUUGAGUAAACAGUCCUAUAACAUGUUAGUAGGAUAAAAAUGAGUGACAGUAAGAGAAGAGUUGUGGAAGAAAGUUGCAUAUGAGACUAUGUAUCAAUCUUGAACUCCUGUUGUCAUCACUUGAGUUGCAAUGGUCAAAUUAUUAAA